AAUUUAUCCUCAAUGUGAACAUAAGAUUGGAAUACACAGAGUGGGACCGUUGAGAGUGAGUAUACACAGUGAAAGAAGAGGGGAUCCAUAAAUAUUGUGUGCUAACAGACUAUGUACCACGACAUUUUAUCGUGCGUAUAAGUUAUUGGAUUCACUCGAUAUAUCGUUAUUUGUGUGUUAAAUAAACUACAUAUGUCUUUAUACUGAUUAAUUAUUCUACACGUUUCCAAGAAUUUGAUUCUAUAAAUAAUUAUUUGAUUUGUAUUAAUCAAACAUCAACUGGCAGUAUUAUCAUCUUUAAAACAUUCGAAAAGCAUGACUGAACUAAAGCAAUUUACAAGGAAAGAAGUUGCCGAGACUGACCGAAAAUUCACAAGAAUAAUUAUUCACGACAAAGUCUAUGAUGUUACACAAUUUCUUAAUGAACAUCCAGGUGGUGAGGAAGUUCUUCUUGAUCAUAAGGGUGUAGAUGCAUCAGAAGAUUUUGAUGAUGUUGGUCAUUCAGCUGAUGCUCAUGAAUUAAUGAAAAAAUAUAUGGUUGGUGAAAUAAUUGAUGCAGAAAAAAAGCACAGCCAACCGAAAAAAGGUUGGGUUGCUGGCCAAGAAAAACAUGAAGAAGCACCUAAAUCUUCAUUCACUAUGUAUGCUGUUGUUGGUAUUAUUGCAGCAUUAUUAUUUGCUUUAUGGUAUAUGUAACACGAGUCUGUUAUUUAUAUUAUAAUUGUUUUUUAAAAUAG